CAAUAAUUCAGUACACUUUGGGAUUUGAACCUUACAGAAAUAUUUACAAAGCUCUUGAUGCAAAAGGAAGGACCAAAAUGACUUUCUUCUUCCUCCAAUUAAGUGGAAUACAUCACCACAAAUUACACCCAAAGAUCCAUAUGAGAGAAAUUGAAGAUGAAUUCUCAGAGUUGAAUGAUCAAAUCUUCAAAGGUAGUAAAUUUUUCAACACCUUAGAAAAAUACACCAAGAUCAUGGAAUCACCAGAGAAACAUGUUCAGGAAUAUCAUGAACUCAUGGAAAUCAAGAAAGUACUCCAAAGAGUAUGCAAGCUUUUCACAAGAAUUGGUGAUGGUCCAAGGUUUGAAAAAAUCAACUUUCACUUCAGGUUUCUGUUUUUAAUAAUAGAUUUUGUUGUAAGGAACUAUGGAAAAGAAGUGCUUGAUGAAUACAGAGUUGGAAGCGAAUUCCAACUAUAGAAUUUUAGAGGUUAAACUCAAUUUAAGAAAUCUAUGAGCAUGAAAUUAUGAAGUUUUAUAUGAAGGGUAAAACCAUUUGUCCUUGAAAACAAACAUAUCAUCCUUCAAUUUUGAGUCAAUUAAUCUGUAACUGUUCA